CAAACGGUCCAUUGGGCUAAUCCUUUGAAUAUUAGGGUUCUAAACUAUAUAUAAACAAAAACACUCCUUUGCUCUGCAACCCUAACUCUCAUUUGGAUACAGCGAUUUCCUCUCUACCUUCGUAGCCGCCAUGGGUGCAUACAAGUACGUUUCCGAGCUAUGGCGCAAGAAGCAAUCGGAUGUGAUGAGGUUCAUGCAGCGUGUGAGGUGCUGGGAGUAUCGUCAGCAAUCUUCAAUUGUUCGUCUCACAAGGCCAACUCGUCCUGAUAAGGCACGCCGUUUGGGUUACAAGGCCAAACAGGGCUAUGUUGUUUACCGUGUUCGCGUCCGUAGAGGUGGCAGGAAGAGGCCAGUUCCUAAGGGCAUUGUCUAUGGUAAGCCAACCAACCAGGGAGUUACCCAACUGAAGUUUCAAAGGAGCAAGAGGUCAGUUGCUGAAGAGCGUGCUGGAAGGAAGCUCGGUGGUCUCAGGGUUCUCAAUUCCUACUGGGUCAAUGAGGAUUCUACCUUCAAAUAUUUUGAGGUCAUUUUGGUCGAUGUUGCCCACACUGCUAUCAGAAACGACCCAAGGAUCAAUUGGCUCGUCAACCCAGUCCACAAGCACAGGGAACUCCGUGGACUCACUUCUGCAGGGAAAGAAAACAGGGGUUUGCGUGGCAAGGGACAUCGCUACCACAAAAACCGUCCAUCUCGCAGGGCAACCUGGAAGAGAAACAACACCCUUUCUCUUCGUCGUUACCGUUGAUUUUACUGCUGUUAUUUUGUGUUACUUCAUUUUCUGGAUAUUUGGAGUGCAUUUUAUUUUGGAAUCGAAAUAUUAAGUUAUCAGUUUUGUAUUGUCAGACUUGUGUUUCUUUCAGGAACUCAUUUUGGUGUUUAAAUAGCUGAGAUUAAUGACAAUUUUCGCCUCUAUGUGUUUCUUUUUAAUAUGAUCAAUUCUUAAUA